GGACUGUACCCAAGAAAAUACCCAAUAAUAAUAUAAUAUUAAUAGAAAGAAGAAAAUAAGGAAAAGAAAAAGAAACAUCUAGCAGAGUUAGAGUAGCAGGUCCGUUGUCGUUGGUUGGAAGAAGAGUCCUUACUACGAUCCUCCUCCUUCGGCUGUUUCCAUUGUUUUGGUUGUUCUAUAUAGAUUUUGUCUCGAAAAUGGCUAAGGCGUUAUCGAAUAUGCUCUUAAAAGGGAUCGGAUCGUUUAAUUCCACUCGUACAACUGCACUGGCUUCUGGAUCAUCGUAUCAACAUUUGAUGCGUUUCUCAACUACUGCAUCCAAUGAUUCUGAUACACAUGAUGAUUUUAAGCCGACAGAUAAGCUUGAGAAUACAGGAGUUACUCUGAAAGACAUCAUUGAGCAGGAUGUGAAAGAAAACCCCGUGAUGCUUUACAUGAAAGGGGAUCCUAAUCGUCCUCUAUGUGGGUUCAGCUCUCUGGCAGUUAAAAUCUUGCAAGAAUACAGAGUUCCUAUAAGUUCCAGGAACAUAUUGGAAGAUAUUGAGCUUAAGAAUGCCGUUAAAGCUUUCAGCACUUGGCCGACGUUUCCCCAGAUAUUCAUAAAUGGGGAAUUCAUUGGAGGGUCAGACAUUAUCCUUGACAUGCAUAAGAAGGGUGAACUCGAGGAAAAGCUAAAAGCAGCAGCAGCUGCUGCAUCAAGGCAGUGACUGGUCUAGUUAGUGCUCGUAGAGUAGAUGUUAAAGUUGUUAGGUUUUGGGUAUAUACUAUCAAAUAAUAAAGUGCAAGCAUGUGGUGUCUGCUAUAGAUAUGGAAUUUGUUGGCUAUGUAUCCGCACUAUUACUAAAGCAUCCAUAUUAGCCAGUUUAUAAAUACAAAAUAAUGUACUGUCAAAAACCAAAAAGCUAAAACCAGCAACUUGUUCAGUUUU